CGUGGUGGGAGGAGCUUGUGAGUGACAGCGCUGCAGAACAGCACGUUUUAUUUCCGAAAUCCGUUAUUAGUGCGGUUUUUGUUCGUUUGUAAUUAAUUAAUUAAAGUUAUCAAAACUUGCUAUACUUUAAAACUUCGUAUAUUAAAGCGGUUCCGUUCUCAUUUCCGGUUGAAUCUGCGCUCUGUGUCGCUGCUUCAUUAGCGGGGUUUAGCUCAGAGAGCUACAUUAGCCUCAGGACUUCAGAGACUCUCACCGCUGUUUAUUAUUAUUAUUAUUAUUAUUAUUAUUAUUAUUAUUAUUAUUAUUGUUUCUAUAACUGUUAGGGUUCUAGAUAACAGACAGUUAAGCAGGUGUGAGUGUGUGUCAGUGUGUGUUAUGGCAGAGAGAAGCUCACACAGUGUGUACAACAUCUUUAAGUCCAUGGAGCUGGGACCUGGUGCUGAGAGUUCAGCUGUUACUGCAGGGUCAUGGUUGGAGCAGCACUCUCGUUCUCUCGGCCUGUUUAUUGACGGGAAGUUUGUGCACCCGGAUAACAGACAGACACUCACAGUUUCUGAUUCGAAAGGUGAGAAUUUGUGCAGCAUCUUGUGUGCUGAUGAUGAUGAUAUUUUGAGCUGCGCCUCUUCAGCUGCUGCAGGAUUUAAAGUGUGGAAGGAGCUGAGUGACAAUCGCAGAGCCAGAGUCCUGCUCAGGUUAGCGAGCGUACUGCAGAGGUACAGCCAGUGUGUGUGUGAAGUGUGUGAUCUGUGUCAGACUCCUGGCUCCGCCCCCGCGCUCGUCCGACUAGCACAGUAUUAUGCUGGCUGGGCUCAGCUCCGACACACACUCCUGCCUGAGUGGAACCCACGAGGUGUGGUUGCAGUGGUGAUGUCAGAUGAUGUCUUUUUCUAUUCCAUGUGGCUGAAGGUCCUUCCAGCUCUUGCUGUAGGUAAUGCUGUCAUUGUGGUUCCUGGAGUAAAAAUGGCUCCUCCCACCCUCCUAAUGGCUCAGCUGUUAAUGGAGGCGGGACUUCCUGCUGGUGUGCUGAACGUGGUGACGGGCAACGGAUCAGUGAGAGUCAAAGUGGCUCAGAACAACCAGAUCAGCUACGUCACCUACAGUGGGAGCAAACAGGAUGGAGAGCUGCUGGUGAAACAGAUGGCUGGGCGGGGCAUUCCUGUCUCUCUCUCCCUGUCUGUCUGCUCUGUGUGUCCGUUCAUCAUCUUUGAGACUGCAGACGUGGACAGCGCUGUGGACGGACUGAUGGACGCGGCUUUCAAAAACUGUACUGAGUGGAGGUGGGUGGUGUGUGUGCAGGAGUCGGUGUAUGAUGCCGUGGUGGAGAAGCUGAAGUUCAGGAUGGCUGGAAUGAAGUGCGUUCGUGUGAGUGAUGAGUGUGAGAGAGGGCGAGUGGACGCUGCAGUGCGGGAGGCGGAACAGCAGGGGGCGACGUUGAUCCAGUCCUGUCCUCCACCCUCCUCUGGAUGUGUGUAUCCCCCCACAGUGGUGUGUAACGUGGCUCCCUCCUGCUCCUCGGUGGUGUCUCCUCCGCCCGGCCCCGUCGUGCCCCUGCUGUCCUUCAGGAGCGCUGCAGAGGGAGUGGCUUUGGGAAACUGCAGACCUCAUGGUCGAGCUGCUUCCAUCUGGACUGAAGAUCUGACACUGGCUUUGGAGACUGCAAAGAGUCUGUGUGUGGGUUCGGUGUGUGUGAACACUCACUCUGUGACAGAUCCGUCGCUCCCACAGUCCGGACGGAGAGAAAGUGGAACCUGCACUGACGGAGGUCGAGAGGGUCUGUAUCAGUUCCUGAGUGCGUCUGUGCCUCCGCCCCGCUCUGAACCCAUCUCUCUGGACUACACCAAGUUUGGUACUGCAGCAUCCAGGUUCCUGGUGCCGGAUGGUUCUGAUCCGUCCAGUGUCGCUCGCUCCUGCACUCACUUGGUAGGGGGGAAGGUGUGUAAAGCUGAAUCAGGCUGCAGUAGGGCAGUGCAGGCUCCAGGGGGCGCUGUUUUGGCUCACUGUCCUGAUGGUGGUAGGAAAGAUGUCCGUAACGCAGUGGACGCCGCGCUGAAGGUCCAGCCGGGAUGGAUGAAGAAAAGCCCGGCGGCUCGAGCUCUCGCCCUCUACUCCCUCGCUAACAGUCUGGACAAAAGAAAGCAGGACGUGGCCGCGUCAAUCCACAAUCAGACCAGUCUCUCUAUGGAGGAGGCAGCUCAGGAGGUGGAGCUUAGCAUCUCCAGGCUUUCUGAUUGGGCUGCACGGUGUGAUAAGCAAAAUGGACACAUGCCACUCCUUCCUCACACUGGCUCCGCCCUCUCAACCCCAGAGGCUUUAGGAGUUGUGGGCGUGGUCCUGCCUGACACUAAGCCUCUUCUCUCCAUGGUAUCCGUUCUGGGGGCAACUGUUUCCAUGGGCAACGCCAUCGUCAUGGUGCCAAGCGAGAAGUUUCCUCUUCCAGCUCUCGAUUUCAUUCCGGUUCUCCAGGCGUCUGACAUUCCUGUGGGCGUGGUCAGUGUCAUCAGUGGUGGAAAGGAUCAGCUGACUCAGGCUUUGGCCAAUCACAAUGAGAUCCAGGCCGUGUGGUACUGGGGCAGUGCGGAGGGCCGUCAGUUCCUGCAGCACUGCAGUCCUCUGAAGCGUCUGUGGCUGCACUGUGAGGAAGAGGAGGAUGAAGAUGGAAGAAAAUUCUGGACCGAGCCAAGUCUCUCAAUGCAGGAGGAGAUGUGGAGAGAGUGUGUGGUGUGGAAGAGUGUGUGGAUCCCCACCGCUUAGACACACACACACACACACACACACACACAGUCAGAGAGAAAUGAGCAGUGUGUGUGUUUACUGUUAAUGCAUCUUUAGAAUUAAGAAAUAAAAUAAAUCGGGGUUAGAAGCAUAUUCGAGUAAAUAUAGUGGAUUAUUAAAUCAGAAUUUUCUCAUUGAGAGUUUGGAAGGUCGAGUUCUGAGUUUUAUAUAAAUCACAGAAAAACGGAGCUGAUUCAGCUUUUUGAGGACAAAAUGUUCAAGUGAAAGUUUUUUCAGUAAAUUUUGUUGCAAAACUCUGUCACAUUUUGUUAAAAUUCAAUUCAAUUAAUUUUUAUUUGUAUAGCGCUUUUUUACAAAGGUCAUUGUCUCAAAGCAGCUUUACACAAACAAAAGUACAGUGAAGUGUGUGACGUCUCUGAUGAGCAAGCAGGGCGAAUGUUAAAACUUUUUGGCCACAAAUAUAUAAAAUCAUUUAUCCUCUCGUUUAUCCCAUGGGAACUUCAGCAUGUGAUUUGCACUUCAGACAUUCCAGAAUAAAAAUGUGCAGCUGUAAUUUUAUUUAUUUGUCCAGUAACACAUCGGUACUUAAAUAACUGUAGACCUGAGACUGAAGAAAAAGCUGUAAGUCUACGUUUAAUAUAAUUAGUGCAAAUUAAUUACAAAUUAAUUAAAUUCUUACCAUUAGUGUUUCUAUUCUGACUUUCUUAUAUUACAUUAUUACAUCUAAUGUAAAGUUUAAAUUUAAAUAAAUCAUAUGAUAUUACAGAACAGGCCAGACUCGGGUUUCACUGUUCAUGAUUACUGCUGUAGAUUUUUCCAGAUCUUUGUCACCGUCUGAUUAAUGAACAGAAACAGUUUUGAGAAGAAAUGAAAAAGUUUCUGUACCGCUUUUACUAUGUUCAUAGAUUUUGUAAUUGAAACCAAUCCACACAGUAUUUAACCUGCUGUGAGAAUCUUAUAAAAACUGAGAAAGCUGUAACGUUCUAAUAAUGUCAUUCUACUUCAUCAUUAAAUGAUUAAGGAUGCGA